CGAGGGAGUCACGUGGGCAGGCGCAGGCCCCCAAAGGAAACGCUGAAGCUUGUCACGUGACCGAUCCUCUGUUUCACACAGGGAUGGAGCCGGAAGAAGGGACGCCCUUGUGGCGGCUCCAGAAGCUGCCUGCGGAGCUGGGCCCGCAGCUUCUUCACAAAAUAAUUGAUGGCUUUUGUGGUCGAACUUAUCCACUCUACAAGGAUUAUCAGAGUGUUUGGGAUUCAACAGAAUGGAUGCAUGUUCUAGAAGACAUUACCGAAUUUUUCAAAGCUGUAGUUGGUAAAAAUUUAACUGAUGAAGAGAUAUCUCAGCAGUUGAAUCAGUUGAAUUCAUCUCAUCAAGAAGCGAUCAUGAAAUGCUUAAAAAGUAGAAAAGAUGAAAUCAAGCAGGCUCUGUUAGAAGAAAUAGUUGGUAUUUCCUCAGCACAGCUACAGGAUUUUGAUUGGCAGUUAAAGCUUGCACUUUCAAGUGACAAGAUUGCUACAUUACAAAUGCCACUUUUAAACCUUCAUCUAGAUGUGAAAGAAAAUGGUGAAGUCAAACCUUAUUCUGUUGAGAUGAGUAAAGAAGAGCUGCAGAAUUUAAUAAAUUCCUUAGAAGCAGCUAAUAAGGUGGUUCUGCAGUUGAAAUAACUGGAAAUGACGAAUACCAGCAUCAUCACAUUCCACUGCUACAAGUGAUGUGGCAGAAUGAAUAUCAUGUGUUCAGAAAACCUGCACUGUACUAUUCUGGCAAGCUGAGAAAGCAGCAGUGUUGAGGUUACAAAGACAAUUUAUCAGCUUCCCUAAAGAACAGAAAAUUAUAUGGUUGACAAGAAAUGCGUAAAAACAUGAAAGAUGAAAAGGCUUUAAUAGUUUAUAUUUUCAUAGUGACUGUUUUGCUUCAAUUAUUAAAUAUUUGAGAGCUCUUUAUAGAUAUAGAGUUUUAUUGAAAACUGAAAAAGGCUCUAAAGUAAUGUAAACAUACAAGCACAAAUAUAUUUGGAUAAUGCUUAACUGUGUGGAUGGCAAGGAUGUUUGUUAUGGAUAUAUAUUGGUAAUUUGUGAUAUUUAAAAAAAAUAACUUUUAAAGAAUGUAUAAGCUGCAUCUGUACUCAGGAGAUUCCAUGUCUUUCGCAGUUCAAAGGAAAGGUUGGAAAAUGUAAAAUUUCUUAGAGAGGCUCUUCAGAUGUGAAUAAGAAAAAAAUCUGUGUGAAGAAUUUUGAGAUUUGAAUUCUAGAAACUAAACUCUUACAUUAGAACAUAGAUAAAAAUAACACUAUUACUUCUCUAUGUCUGUGAUCAGGAAAGUUUGCUCUGAUAAAAUGAAUACAUGUCAUUGAAUAGUGUAUAUAUUGCUGUUCAAAUAUCAGCUAAGACUCUAUAUAGGUCCAUAUUUGCAAUAAACUCUUAGUUUGUUAUAAAAUCUUAAUGAAGUUUUGGAUGUUAACAACUCCAUUGGAAAACAAACCAUUUUUUCAUCUCACUUACCUUUAAAAACAAGCAUACUGAACAAAUAUUUCAUUUUUAUCUAUUGCUUUAUUUCAGAUGACUUCCUCUAUAAUACAAUAACACAUCACUGGUACCUGCUGUUUGCAAGCCUUAUACAUCAUUAGAGCAUCAGACUAUUAUUCAAGGUGUCCAGAGCAAUUAUUAUUCUCAUCUUACAGACGAAGAUAGGCUUUAGCGAGAUUAAUAAACGUGAGCACCAUCUAGCUGGUACUGCUCAAAAUGUGUCAGUAGAUUAAUGCCACUCUGUGAACUGUUGUUACAGCUCUGUGGUCAGGUGAGGCGCUUGUGCCAGGAGGUUCAUCAACAUCCUGCUUUCUUCAUUGAGAAAUAUUGGCUAUGAAAAGAAAAAAAAUCAGCUGAACUAACCAGUGUGCUUAGGGAAGGAGUUGAUUUUACCUUCUUGUGCAAGUGCCUUGUGUCAUUGUGGGCCAGUAACGGUUUGUGGACAAGCACUUUUAAUCAUACUGAUCUAGGGUCUUUCUGCAUUUCAACCCUCUAUGUGGUCCUUCCUUUGAGAAGGGGAAAAAGUUCUGUACUCAGUCCUUCUCUCACUACAUUAGUAUGUUUAAAUGUGUUAUUAAAAUCUGACAUACUGUAAACUGCAUGUAUUUAAGUGGGCAGUCUGAUCAGUUUUGACAUAUACACACCCACGAAAGUAUCACCUCAGUGGCAGUGGUGAACAGCCAGCCAUUGAACCACUGAAAGUGUCUUUCUGCCCUUUGUAGUCCCUGCUUCUGCACCCUGUGCCCCGACAACCACUGAUCUGCUUCUUGCUGCUAUCAAUGGUGUUCACAUUUUUGUGAGUUUAAUAGAAAUGGAAUCAUACGCUAUGUCUUUGUGUGUGUGUGUGUGUGUGUGUGUGUGUGUGUGUGUGUGAGAGAGAGAGAGAGAUCUGGCUUCUUUCAUUAUUACUUUGAGUCCAUCCAUAUAUCAGUAGUUCAUUCCUUUUUAUUGUUGAGAAAUACUCUGUUGUAGAAUUUUACCGUCAUUUAUCUGUUCACCUGUUAAUGGAUGUUUUGGUUAUUUAAAAUUUUUGGCUGUUACAAUGCACAGAACAUUCUUGUAUAUGUCUUCGUAUGAACACAUACUUUCUUUUGGAAGUAAAUACUGUGGAGUGAAUGGCUGGAAAAUAUGGUAGGUGUGUGUUUAUCUUUUUAAGAAAUUGCCAAACUGUUUUCCAAAGUGAAUUUACUAUUUUAUGUUCCAUACCACAGUCUAUGAGAGUCCGCCUCUACCUCCUUGCUAACACUUGGUGUGGUCAGUCUUUUUAAUUUCAGCUAUUCUAACAGGUGUGUAGUGGUAUCUCAUUGUGGUUUUUAAUAGUAUUCGUUUCCCUAAUGACUAAUGAUGUUAAGUAUCUUUUCAUGUGCUUAUUUGCCAUUUGUGUAUCUUUGGUGAAGUGCCUGUUCAGAUCUGUUGCCCAUUUUUAAAUUGGAUUGUUUUCUUAUUUUUUUCAGUUUUGGGAAUUCUCUGUAUAGCCUGGAUACAAGUCUUGAUCACAUACGUUCCUUGAAAGUGUUUAAGUAUUAUCUCCCAAUCUAUGACUUACGUUUUUUCUCUUUUUAAAAAAAUUUUUAAGACAGUUUUAGAUAUACAGAAAAAUCAAGCAGAUAGUACAAAGAGAUCUCAUAUACCCUACAUCCAGUUUCCACUAUUUUAUCAUAUUAGUAUAAUUUUUGUUAUAAAAAUUCUUUGUUAUAAUUGAUGAAUUAAAUAUCAAUACAUUAUUGUUAACGAAAUUCCAUAGUUUAUUCACAUUUCCUGAGUUUCUGCCCAACGUCCCUUUUCUAUUCCAAGAUCCCGUUUUAUAUUUAGUUGUCAUGUCUUUUUAGGCUUCUCUUGCUGUGAAAAUUUCUUAUACUUUCCUUGUUUUCGAUGACCUGGACAAUUUGAGGAAUGUGGGGGAGAUAUUUUAUAGGGUGUUUCUCUGUUGGCAUUUAAUGCUUUUCUUGCGUGUGCACUGGGCUUAUGGGUUUUGGGGAGCAAGAUCACAGAGGUAAAGUGCCAUUUACAUCACAUCGUAUCAAGGAUGCAUACUGUUACAAGAUUUCUGAUUUGACAUUGACUUUGAUCACUUGGCUGAGGUAGUGUUUCAGGUUUUUUUCACUGUAAAGUUUUUAUUUCUCCUCCUUCCACACUGUCUUCUUUGGAAAGCAGUUGCUGCAUGUAGCCCAAACUUAAGGAAUUAUGCUAAAUCUUUUAGAAUUCUUCUGCAUAGAUUUGUCUCCUAUUUAUUAAUUUGUUUUACCAUUUACCUAUAGAGUAUGGACUCCAUAGAUACUUAUUUUAUACUUUGGGUUAUAAUCCAAUAGGGCACUUAUUACUCAAAUUUUUCCAGCUUUGGCCAUUUGGAGCUCUUCAAGACAACCCCGUCAGUGGAAGUGGGUUUUAUUUAUUUUAUAUGACCUCCUCAGCUUUCUGGCAAUGCAAGAUGCUCUAGGCUAACCUUAUCUAUUUCUUGCUCAGUCCUAGAAUAAAGCAUUUCUCCAAGAAGCCCUGGUUCAGUUUAUUGAAGAAUGAUAUUAGAAACCAAACUAGGCGUGCUAACUGCAGUGGGGCUGUUGUUUCUUUUGGACCCUCUGAACUGACAGAACAAAGAAAUAUGUGCAUGUAAAUUCACCUGUCCAUAUACACAUAUCUAUGAAUGUUUCUUUAUAUAAUCAUGUGUAUGUUACGCUGCUCAUGAGUUCAUCUUGAUAACUCCAACUCUGAUCCAUUGCCAGAGGGAUCAUUCUAGCCUGCUACCCUCCUUUAUUUGUUAAAUCCACAUUUGAGCAAGUGAGAAUCCUGACUCCCACCAUCCACCAUCCAUUUACUUAAUUGUUCAGUUCCAAACUAUAUAUAGAGCAGUAUCCAAGUUGUUAAUCUCUACCCCUGUGGACAAAAAACUGUCUUUUAGGAAGGAUUUAUCUGCAGUUCCUUUUGCCUUUAGUCUUACAAACUCCACUCAUUUCCAAGUUAUUUAGGUCAUUACCUUUUUUCCCAUUUUUCCUUGGUGAAGUUGUUUUAUACAUUUGUAAUAGAUAUUUUUGGGCCACAGUCUGUCUUCCUUGCUGGGAUCCUCCAACUUCCUAAAUUUAAAUUUGCAUACAUUAAAGUUGUCGUGUUGAACAGUUCUGAGCGUUGACAAAUGCGUGGUGUCAUGUUUUGUGGGGGAGGGCAUCAAGAGGACUUGACCACCUGUUAACCUGUGAGCUGGACCCCGGCAGUGGGAGGUUCCCCGCCCCCUCUCUUGUCCUCGGGCUGUGUGUUUCAUUUGUCUUUUCCACUCCCAGAAGCUGCCCCAAGGAUACUGCCUUGAGAUGAUAAUGUGGUAUUGAGACUCUCUGAACAAUAUAUGUGAAGGAGUCCAGUUAAGGCUUCUACAUAAACUUUCAGGAUUGAGUGGGUUGCUGUGGAGGUCUGUUUUUCUUGCAGCCGCCCAAGACAAGCCUUGUCAGUUCCCUUGCUUAUUCGGAUUGCCACCUACCAGUCUUGAGUGGUUCACCUCUUUCUUUGGACUGGCUUCAGAUGACACUUGGGAAACUCCCGAGGUUGUGAACUAGCACAUGUGUUGACUCUACAGAAUAGCUCAACAUCCUAAAAAUCCCCUAUGCUUUAUACAUAAUUCACUUCUACUCUUCUUCCUCCGAACCCCAGACAGUCAUUUUUUCUUAAUUACUUUAUAGUUUUGCCUUUUCCAGAAUGUCAUAUAAUUGGGAUCAUGUAGUUUGUCAUCUUUUUAGACUGGCUGCUUUCACUCAGCAGUGUGCAUUUCCUCCACUUUUUUUUUUUUUUUUUUUUUUUGCUUCUAUAACUCCUUUCUCUUUUCUCUCUGAAUACUAUCUCAUUGUAUAGAUGUACACCUAUUCACCUAUUGAAGGAAGUUUUUUUUUUUUUUUUUUUGGCAAUUACAAAUAAAGCUCCCGCAACUAUGCACAGGCAGGUUUUUAUGUGGAUUCAAGUGUUCAGAUUAAAUGAGUAAUACCUAGGAAUGUGAAUUCUGGAUCAUAUUGCACAACUAUGUUUAAUGUUGUAAGAACCUGCCCAACUUUUUCAAAGUGGCUGUACCACUUUGCAUUUCUUUCUUUCAAGUUGUGGGAAAAGCCAUAACGUGAAAUCUGUUCUUUUAACAGAAUGUUUAAGUGUCCAGUACAGAAUUGUUAACUCUAUGUAUGUUGUUAUAUAGCAGAGCUCUAGAACUUUCUCAUCCUGUUAUCAUUGAAACUCUAGCCUCAAAGAGCAACUCCUAUUUCUCCCUCCUACAGCCCGUGGCAAUCACCAUUCUACUUUCUGCUUCCGGAAUUUGACUACUUUUUUUUUUUUUUUUAGAGCCGCACCCAUGGCAUAUGGAAGUUCCUAGGUGAGGGGUCAAAUCUGAGCUACAGAUGCAGGUCUACGCCACAGCCACAGCAAUGUGGGAUCUGAGCUGUGUCUGCGACCUACACCAACAGCUUAUGGCAACACCAUAUCCUUAACCCACUGAGCGAGGCCAGGAAUGGAACCCUUGUCUUCAUGGAUACUAGUCGGGUUCUUUACUGCUGAGCCACAUCGGGAACUCUGGAAUUUGACUACUUUAGAUACUUCAUGUAAGUGGAAUCAUGUAGCCUUUGCCCUUCCGUAAGUAGCAUAUAUCACUUAAAAUGUCCUCAGGAUUUCUUUUCUUCCUUCCUUUCUCUUGCUCUUUUCUUUUCUUUUCUCUCUCUCUCUCUCUCCUUCCUUCCUUCCUUCCUUCCUUCUUUCUUUCUUGUUAAAGCUAAAUAAUAUCCCAAUUUAUGUGUAUAUCACAUUUUCUUUAUCCAUUCUUCUGUUAAUGGACAUUUAAGUUGUUUUCACCUCUCGGCCGUUUUUGACUAAUGCUGCAGUGAGCGCAGGAGUGCAAGAUCUCUUCAAGAGCCUGUUUCCAGUUCUUUUGGAUAAAUACCUCGAAGUGGGAUUGCUGAAUCACAUGGUAGUUCUAUUUUUAAUUUUUUUGAGAAAUCUUCAUACCGUUUUCCAUAGCGGUGACGUAAUUUUACAUUCCCUCCAAUGGUGCCCAGGGGUCCUCAUUUCGCCUUAUCCUUGGCGGAUACUAGUAACAACACACAUACACAAACACUCUCUUUAUUUAUUAUCUGUAAUCAUUAGAGCAAAUCCCAAACAUACUACAUAUAUACCUGUUCCUUCCUAGUCUAAACGAACCUGGAUGGUCAUUUGUUUCUCCCAUUUUAUAACAUGGUCGUUUGGGAAUAGUAGCCAAGUGUAGGGUGUCCCAACCCCUGGUAGCUCCGCAGGCCAAGGUUCUGCUGAUAAAGUGCAGGUUCCCAGGUAUUUUGCUGGAUGGAUGUUAAAGUCAUUCCUAGGCCUGAAUUUAGGCUCUUCUUGAAAAGCUGUUCCACUAAUCACCAAUUAAUGGAUAAAUGAGCUUCACACCUUUUAUCUGUUCAUUAUUUUAUUGUCAACAUAUUUCUGAAGGGAGAGAAUGAGUUUGGAGGUUGCAAGUCUUCAAAUAAGGAAAGACUGACAAGUAGGCCGACUCUACUAUUCAUAUUUACAGUGGAGAUUUUAAAAAGAAAUGUGACAGAAUGCACCUCACAAAUGGAUGCUAUUAAAGUCCAUUUUAGGCAUUUUUCGAAUACAAGGAGACUUCAUUUCUUCUUCUAAUGUCCUAAUAUAUAAACACUCUAUAUGUUCAAAUGUUUGUAAAGCAUGUUAUCUUAAAUAAUAUUAAAAAAAAAAGUCAUAUAGAAAUAAGCUCCUGGAAAAGUGCUGGUGUUUUCCCCCAAUUGUUGGAUAAUACUGCAAAGAAUUUCUUUCAAAUAAAGGGAUUUUGUUUUGCAUUAAAUUUUGUAGUAAACUCUCUCAAAUGGUAGAUUCAGAAUUCUAAACAUUUUUAAGGAUUAUAAAAAGAUACGCUUGAAAUCUUGCAUUUUUAAAACAUAGUACAAAGUAAGCUUUUUAUGUGUAGGCAUUUUUAAUUUAAAAAAGUUUUAUUUAUGUUUUAGGAAUAAACAGGCUAACAUAAAUUGUACAUAUUUACAGCAAUAAACUACAUUUCAGAAGCUGCACAAGGGCUUUUGUAAGCAUAGCUGAUGGUUUUCAACACCAGCCUUCAAACGUGAUUUCUUUCAUUUGCUGCAACAUUUAAAAUCUUGUAGUACCAAAGCAAAGAAAACAACUUAUUUUAUAGCAAAGCCACACUAUUAACAAAAUACUGAGUAAACUACAGUCCUGUGACUGGUAGCAAAUCUGUGAGUCCUGAAAUCAAGAGCACAAGCAUUUCUUGUGUCCAUACCUGAUUGCAUGUGAGUUGAUUUUGCAUUUCACAAGAAUUCACGGUUACUCAAUGAAUGAUGAAUAGAAAAAAGGCCAUGAAAGGUAAAAGGGUCAGGAAUCAGAGGACACUGAACAACUUCUUUGUCACUGAUUCACUGCUUAGAAGGAAAUCUAUUUCCUUUGUGUAUAAAUCACCAUCUACAGGCUUCGUGGAUUUUGUCCACAGAUUGUUUUUGAGAGCGAAGGCAUAACAUCAAAUACUUUCAAGCGUGUAAAAAGGAAUUAAUGAAACCCUUAGGAUAUUUAAUCAAAUUCCUAACUGAAAGGGUACAAAUCAAGCACACUGUAUGAAAGUUUGAGAUCGCAUGUAAAAAGCAGCUGCAGGAAAUCACAAGUUUCAUUAGGACAGCAGUUUCAGUCAGAAAAUGCAGCAUACAGUGAUACAAAAUAGAAACUUGAAUUAUAAAAGUAAGGAGUCUACCUUUUCUUUCUUGGCAUUUGUUAAACCUGUCUCAUUAAAAUUUCUGUACGUUUCCAGAAAUACUCAUUCUGGCCAGUUAGCUUUUUUAGUAGUCUUGAAGGCAUACAAAAGUAGUCGCUGCUUAUGUAAGAAACCAAAUGCUUAUGUCAAAAGAGCAAAAAAACA